CAGGCACGGGAGGCGGGACGGACCAUGAGGGCGCGAGGGGGGGACACAGCGCCUCCCUCAGCCGGCUUGCCAAAGUGGUUCGCUCCGGCCGCGCUGCGCCUGCGGGUUCCCAGACGGGCCGGCCGGGCGGCGAGCAGCGGCGCAGCGAGUACCGGCCGGCACUAGCGCGGUGGGCUCAAGCGCACCGCGCGCUGUCGCCGCGAUGCCGGUGCUGCUGGUGGCGUUGCUGGCCCUGGCGCUCGCCUUCUUCGCGCUGCUGGACGGCUGGUACCUGGUGCGCGUGCCGUGCGCCGUGCUACGCGCGCGCCUGCUGCAGCCGCGAGUCCGCGACCUGCUGGCGGAGCAGCGCUUCCCAGGCCGCGUGCUGCCCUCGGAUUUGGACCUGAUGCUGCACAUGAACAACGCGCGCUACUUGCGCGAGGCCGACGUGGCGCGCGCCACGCACCUGACCCGUUGCGGUGUGCUCGGGGCGCUGCGAGAGUUGGGGGCGCACACCGUGCUGGCCGCCUCGUGCGCGCGCUACCGCCGCUCGCUGCGCCUGCUCGAGCCCUUUGAUGUGCGCACGCGCCUGCUGGGCUGGGACGACCGCGCCUUCUACCUGGAGGCCCGCUUUGUCAGCCUGCGUGACGACUUCGUGUGCGCGCUCCUGCGCUUCCGGCAGCACGUACUGGGCACCUCUCCGGAGCGCGUCGUGCUGCACCUGUGCAAACGUAGGGUGGAGCCCCCUGAGCUGCCUGAAGACCUGCAGCACUGGAUCACCUACAACAUGGCCAGCAGCCAGCUGCUCUGUGCCGAGAGUGGGCUCCGCAAUGUCAACAAGGACCAGUGACCGCUGCCUCCACACCCAGCCCUCCCUGCCUGUCUGGUGGCCUGUCCUGCAGAAAGAGCAGGCUGGGCUGGGCUCUCUCCGAGCUGGAGUGGCCCCUGCCCAGCCCCCUUCACUCGCUGGGCUCCCCAGUUACUGACAUCACUCUGUGCUGGGCCCUGGGCUGGGCAGGGUAUGGAGUGGCAUUGGCCCCCUGACCCAGCUCUGCUCCUGGGGUGGGGAUGGAUGGGCAGGGGGGCCUGGCCCAGCCAUACUUCUAUGGCUUAGGUGGGGAGGAUGCGCCAGGAGCACAGCGGCCUGAGCACAUCUAGAGCUGCCAGGAGGGGCGGGGCAGGGUCAGGCCAGAGCAGUCCUGGGCAUGGGCUGGACUUCUGAAGGGUAGAGAUAGCAUUCGCCAGGCAGCCCCAUGGCGUCCGGUGAGGUGGGGGCCAGGCCCAGGGUGGAGUCUGGUUGGUCAGAGGCUGGGCUGGAGGCAGACCGAGGGCAGGAGGGAGGAUUGGCUGGCAUUUGACAACAGCAGACAGGGUUACCCAAGCUCCCCUGGUGUCACUGGCCUCUGGGCGGGAGGGCCGGGCAGGCAGCUGGGGCUUGUGGCUGGGAGGGGUCAGCUGGUACAGGUCUCUGGAAGAGGCAGCAGGCCUCCUGCUAGAGUGUCCUUGGUCAGAGAGAACAGAGCAGGGGCUGGGACUCUGUGGGUGGCCAUCAGGGCCAUGCUGUGUAACCUUGGGCUGGGCCCUGCCCUCUCUGGACUGUAGGAUCCCAGGCCUCUGUCUUCCCAUGAGAGCCAUCGCUGCCUGACCGCCUUCCCUGCUCGAGGGCUGCCUUGCUAGAAGACUGGGUUUUCCUGGCCCCUCUGCCUUCUGUUUAACAGGCCUCUUCCCUGCUGCUGGGCCAUGCCCUGUCUUGCUCUAGUGGUCUGUCCUGGCACCUGAUGGGAUCACCAGGCUGCUGGGAUGCUGGCCAGGGCUGCCUGCUCCUGCCUAAUCCCUGUCCUUAACAACUGGGGAAACUGAGGGCAAAGGAGGGGCUGGUCCCCAGCCAGAGGUUCUGGCCAGUGCCCUCAGCUCCCAGAGAGAGGGUGCCCUGUCUAGCUGGGGUGCUGGGGCCUGGGUGGGUGUGGGGGUUGCUGCUUGCCCGCUUAGGCCCUGUGCCCCUGCCCCUGCCAGCCCAGGGCACAGAUGGCAGCUUGACCCAGAACUGCCUCCUUGCUGCCCACCCCCAGAAUCCCCCUUGAGCCAGAGCCAGGAGCUGCAGGGACACCCGUGACACCACCCCACCCCAACCCCACGCUGCUGCUGUUCUUGCCUUAAAGCCACCAUGGGAGCGCUGCAAUCUUUUUGUUUCGUUUAAAGAAAAUGCAAGAUUAAAGGGUGUCAAGUG